AUGGAAUUUGAUUCAACAACAUCUUUUACCAAAAACUCAUUACCUUUAUCUUCCACAAAUUCCUUCCUCAAUAACGAAAAAAAGUGGGUAUCCAAGAAUUUUAAGUUUACCAAAACUCAUAAAGAUACCUAUACUGUAACUUACAAAAAAUUUGCAGCCGCUAAUCCUCCUUCAAUGUCAAAAACAAUUUCAAAAGUUGAACCGAUACACUCCUUUCCAAUUAGAUUAAUUCCUAAUCCAAACCCUGUAAAUAAAUUGUUUUUAUCACCAAGUAAAGAAAAUUUUAAUGUUAAACCACCAUUUUCAACUAUCAAAUCCCCAUUACUGAAAAAUUAUGACCCAAAAAUAUUGGAUAAUAUUACAGCUCAUAAUAGCAAUGUAAAUUCAAAUAAUGAAAACUUUUUAUCGUCUUCAUUCAUACAACAAAAUAUACCCUCUAAAAACAACAAUAGUAAUAAUAAUUUAUCCCAAAAAAAUAAACAUGAUACACUUUUAGAGUGUUUCACCCCCUCAGAAAUACCAUCUUCUGUGAAUCCUCCAAACUUAAAAAAAAUCAAUAACACAGAUGAAAAUUAUAACGGUAAUUUGCCGGUUAAAAAAAAGAAUAGCAAAAAAAAAUUGUUAAAUGAAAAAUGCUGUCUUUGUACUGAAACAGUUAUGAAUAAAAUAUGCAAUGAAAAAAUUAUAACUUUGGAAUGCGAUCAUGUAGUACACGAAGAAUGUUUAUAUUUAUUUAUGGAAAUGAAAAAUGCGGAAAACACCAACAAUGAUAUUAAUCCAGAUAAACUUUUUCCUGAAUGUUUGCUUUGUUGCCAAACGUGUGUUCCACUCGAUGGAUUACUAAAAGAUUCUAUAAUAUUUAGUUUCUUAAUGAAGGAUAAAAUGAAUACAAAGCAGCCAACAUCUCCGAAAACAGAUAACCCCCCAGAAAAUUAUCCCGCCCAACAAAAUAUGCCUUUAACCCAUAUACCUAAUAAGGAUAACCACAGGAUAUGCAGACCAGAAAUAGCUAAAGUUCUUUCACCAGCAUCUUCGAUAAGAGAUCACAACAAGCAUUGUAAUAGUAUUAAAAAUGGUGGCUCCAUAAAAAAUAAACCGGUAAGCAAAAUUUUCCACAAAAAUACCCAUUCUACAGAUAUAAUUCCUUCGGUUGUUACAUCUUCGGUGAGCAAAAAUAUACCUGACACUUUGUCAUAUAACCAUGAAGGCUCUGAUGCGGAUGAAGAUGAGUUUGAAGACUUACAAAUUAAUAGAACAACACUAACUAGUAAUAAUAAAGCAAAUAGAAAUAAUUCGAUAACAACUUUAAAUCAAGAAAAGGAACCCAAAGUGUUGAUAUCUUUGGCAUUUUUAAGAUCAUACUUCAUCCAACAACUCUUGGCGAAUUUUAAAGAUGAAUUAGAAGCUUGGAUCAUUGAUUUGCACUAUGGUUUACUAAGAAUUGUUGAUAUUUUAAAUUUUAGCGAGGAUGGAAAAACAUAUAAUAAAUGCUAUUGUUAUUUAUUUGAAAAUAUAUUGUUGAUAGCAUAUUUGAAAGAAAACUAUCACGCAGAAGAUCGAUCAAAAAUGUUCAGCUCAUUCAAACUUAUUGAAUUAAAACAAAACGCUCUAUGUAAAGAAAACACUGCUAUCGGAAAUAGAAGUAUUGAUUCAAUGAAAGUAAAAAAUUUGCGUUACAAAAUCGUUAUAGACACAUUAGAAAGUUCUGUUUUAAAAUCAAAAAUAUUAGUACCGCUUGAUUCAAGUUCAAGAAUUACACAAACACAUACGUUUUAUAUGACCCAAAAUUUAAAUAAUAACGACAGCAAAAUAAUAGAAAAAUGGAUUAGUGCUUUAUUGGAUUUUAAUCUUUUUUUUGAUAACUGUUCUUUCACAUCAACUUUAAAAAUACCAAACGAUUAUAAAUUUGACAAUAAUAAAAAUAACAGCGUCAGAACGGAAAUUAAAGAAAGUGCUAGUAACAAAAAUAGUGUGGGCAUAUCAACUUUCGAUAUUGCUAUCACCGAUAAUAAGCCAUUUAUUGCGAACAACAUCAAGUCCACCGCUGAUGUGAUUGUAAGAAGAAGAGAAAGUGUAUUUUCUAACGGUAUACACAGUAAUAGCAACAACAAUCGUGUCAUAUCAAAACUGCCACCCGUUGAAAAGGAAGCAUUAGAUUCCGCAAGCAAUUUUGAAGAAACAGAAAUAAAUACUAUAAUCACUUUUUAUUUAACAUUAAAAAAGAGGGAACCCACAGAAUUGAUUAUAGUUUUACAGUUGGAUUCUGAAAAAAAAAUCACACAAAUUCAAAACAAUAAUCUUAUCAACGCAAUAAAAGCAUUAAAUACAUAUCCAAAAUUGAAAAAAUUGCAUCUAUGUUGUAUUAGCGAGGAUUUAAAAAUAUUGUGUUUUGGAUCGACAACUCAUGUUCUAUCACAAAUGAGUUCUGGGCUAAACUUUAAACAGUUUAGAGGCGCAACAUUUACACCAGAGGACCUAUUCUAUAAAAUUUACCCACACGGUGCAUCAAACGAUUUUUUAAAUGAUGUUGGUUUAGUAGUUAUUUCUAAUUCCUCCAUGAAUGAGUCUAAAUCCUGUUUAUUUAUGAAUUACAAUAUAUUUGGAUCCAAUCCAACACAGUUUGAGAAUUUUAGUGGGAUCAAGAUUCAUGUUGGAUUUUUAAAUGUGGAUUAUUCUAACAAAAUCUCGGAAUUGUUGGAAAUCGAUACGUGGAAUGACUUAUUAGAGGUUAUCAGUUUUACUUUUAAUAUCAAAUUCGGUGAGGAUUCAGAAGAAGUCGUUGACACCCACAUGCAUUUACAAUCACCAGAAAAAUCGUUUCACAAUGUAAUCAUAGAUAAUUACAGUAACAAUGGAGACCAGGCCGUUAAGACAGAUGUCUUAACAAAUAAUCUUGGCCAUAAUUCCUUAGAGAAUAGUCUUUAUGUAUAUGGUGGAGGAAACUCACCAAGAUGGACUUUACUAAUUAAUGAGGUGAGUAAAGCUUUAGACGAGUCAAUUAAUUUUCAAACAGAUAUUAAGACUGUACAUAAGCAGAACCCUGAAAUUAUGUAUGAAUAUUUGUGA